CCCACAGCAGCAUCCGCCCCCUCACCCUCCAGCCAUGGGCAACCUCUUCUCCUUCUCGCUUGAAGCUCUCUACGGCAGCCUGGCCUCAUACUUUGGCAACCGCGAGAGUCGCAUCAUGAUCAUCGGCCUGGACGCGGCCGGCAAGACCACGCUGCUCUACAAGAUCAAGCUGGGCGAGUUGGUGACCACCAUCCCCACCAUCGGCUUCAACGUCGAGACCUUCGAGUACAAGAACAUCAAGUUCACGGCCUGGGACAUCGGGGGCCAGGAGAAGAUUCGCUCGCUCUGGAAGCACUAUCUGUGCAACAACGACGCCGUCAUCUUCGUGGUUGACGCCGCCGACUUCGAGCGGAUCGACGAGGCGAAGCAGGCGCUGCACCUGAUCUUCGAGGCAGAGGAGCUCGCCAACACGAAGCUGCUGGUGUACGCCAACAAGCAGGACCAGUCCAACGCCCUGUCGGCCGACGAGCUCCGUGAGAGAAUGGAGUUGACGGAGGCCACCAAGAACCCUACGCAUGUGCAGGCUUGCGUUGCGACGACUGGCGACGGAAUCUACGAGGGCCUGGACUGGUUGAGCAAGGCAGUCACGGGGGAGUUCUCCUCGUAGGACCCCCUUCCACCCAACAGCGCACCCAGAUCGAGUCGGUAUACCCUGCAUCGUAGUACAUCUGUAGUAGUAGUAGCCACAUAC